AGGUAGAAACAACAGGGAACAAAAGUUUGUUUUAAAAUUGACUGGAACGGGUUUUAUUUUGAAGGAUUUGACAGGAUGUGUGGUGUUUUAUUUUGGCAGACUUGAUUCGGUUGUCUCGUGCCUGUCUGUGUGCGGUGAAGCAGCGCGAGCGGCUCAGCUGUUUAAACCUCAGACGGUUUGAGUCCGGGUCCGGGUCUUUGCUUCACAAUAAAAACUGGUCUAAACAGAUGCUGGAUCCAGACUCGGAGCUCAUUACCGCAGGUUUACUUUUCUCUAACUUCUCCCGGAGUUUUCCCGGUAUUUUCCCGGAGUUUUGUCCUCAGAGGAAUGUGACUGUGGAGCCUGAAGGUCGCUGACAGACCCGCACGUCCACGGUUCUCCUCCUGGGUUGUUCCCCGCCGUUGAACCGGACAGAGAACCGGACCGACCGGUAUCACCCGUCCGGUCCCGGUGACGGUGCUUGGAGCGGAUCCACAGACCGGGUUAAAAUGCCGGGGAUGAGGGGACUCGUCCUCCUGAGUCUCUGUCUGAACCUCCACACGGGCCGGGCCUUCCCCAACAAGCUGCCCGACCUGAGCAGCGAGCCGCCCGGCCUGCCCUCCUUCAUGGACCCGCUGCUGGACUACGACCUCCUGGACGAGGAGCUGGGGGGCGGCGGGGGGCGGAGCUGGAACGGGACCGGUGGGGCUGUGCGCUGCGGGCCGUGUGAGCCGGACCUGUGCCCGGAGACCCGCGGCUGCCGGGCCGGGCUGGUGCUGGACUCCUGCGGCUGCUGUAAGGAGUGCGGAAACCUGGAGGGCCAGGCCUGCGACCCGGGGGACCGGAGCGUCUACUACGGGCUCUGCGGGACCGGGCUGCGGUGUCAGGCGGACCCACGGCCCGCAGCAGCAGCAGGAGGAGGAGAGGAGGAUGAAGAGGAGGAGGUGUGUGUGUGUGAGGAGCAGGAGGCGGUGUGUGGCAGCGAUGGGACAACAUACAUGAACACGUGCCAGUUCAGAGAGGCCGCCUUCUCCAGACCAGAGCUCAAGAUCAGAGGGAGGGGGCCCUGCAAGACCGUCCCCAUCAUUAAGGUUCCCCCUCAGAGUCAGGUCAACGGGACCGGCAGCAGUCUGGUGUUUCUCUGCGAGGUAUUUGCAUUUCCAAUGGCCCUGGUGGAGUGGAGGAAGGAGGGCCGAGACGUCAUCCUGCCCGGGGACGACCCCCACAUCUCUGUCCAGUCUCGGGGCGGUCCUAUGAAAUUCGAGCUCUCCAGUUGGCUGCAGAUUGAGGGGGCGGAGCCAGGGGACUCAGGGACCUAUCGCUGCAUUGCUCGUAACAACCUGGGAUCCGUCUCCGCCUCGGCUGUACUGGGAAUACUGGGAGCAGAGGAGCUGUCGUCCUACCUGGCCAACAGCGUCUCAGAGAUGAAGCAGCUGAUGGACACCACAGACUACGACGAGGACUUCUACUGACUCCCCCCAUGUGACAUCACUUCCUGUCUCCUCUCACGGCAGAGACAGUAAACACACCAUCACUCAGCUGAUGGACUUCACAGACAUUUUGUUGGCAGAGGGACAGGUUCUGCUUCAGGCCAGUUUGUUUCCAGUGAAUGAAAUAUCAAAGUUUUGAUAAUAUUUGUAUCAGUGUAUCUUCUCAUUACUCUGACCAUCACACAGGAGGGUGACAGGGAGGCGGAGUCUCCUGUCAGCUCUGUCAGUGUGAAACUUUAUGAUUCUAAAUAAAUGUAAAACAACAAA